AUGAGGAAGCAAAGGGACUACAUUCGAAUGAGCGAGAGCAAAUGGCUCUAUGCCCUUGCUCAUCUGCAGCCUGAUCAAGUCAAGAAGUCGAGCAAGUAUAAAAAGCUUGCCAGACGAGGAGUGCCUACAUCGGUUCGUGGACGUGUAUGGCAAUUCCUAGCCAAUUCACAUCACUACCAUGUCCCAGGGCUAUUCCAAGAGCUGCAGACAAGAGGGCAUAUUCCUAUUCAUGACGUCAUUGCUCGAGAUGUCAACCGCUGCUAUCCAGACCAUGUUCAUUUCCGGGAUGGUAUGGGAGGAACAGGUCAAGAAGAUCUCCAUUCGAUUUUGAAGGCCUACGCUCACUACAAGCCCAGUGUGGGUUACUGUCAAGGAAUGGGUCGUCUUGUGGGAAUGAUGCUGAUGCAAAUGCCUGUCGAAGAGGCAUUCUGGCUCCUAGUCGCAACCAUUGAGAACUACUUGAACGAGUACUUUACGCCCAAUUUACGGCAGCUCCGGAUUGAUGCAGGGGUUUUUGAACGUUUGCUUGAAAUACAGGAUUCACGACUAGCACAGCACCUAAAGAAGAACGAGAUGUCCCCCAUCAUGUAUAUGACACAAUGGUUUCUGCCGCUCUUCACAAUGUCACUUCCCUGGGCGUCUGUCCUGAGAGUCUGGGAUGUGUUUUAUUUCGAUGGCGUCAAAACCUUGUUCAGAGUGGCUUUGGCGGUGUUAAGGAUCUGUCGAAGGCACCUCUUGGACAAUUGUCCGUCGACAUCGGAGUGUAUGGAUUUCCUUUUACAUGUACCACUUGAGAUAUUGGGGCCAGAAGUGUUAUUGGAUAAGACUGCAUACAGGAUUCGACUUAGGAGAGAGGAUAUUGAGAAG